AUGAGUGAAUUCUCUAGUCACAUGAAAUUUGCUAAUGAAGAGCGUUUGAAGGAAAUAAAGGAGCAAAAGAUUGUAAGGAAAUUUUAAAAAUAACUCAAAAUUUGUGCUUAUUUCUUCCUUUUUUGGGCAACCUUUAUCCUAUUAAACUCUUGUAUCGGAUUUUCCUCAGCUCCCUUUUACCUUCCUGAAGUCAAAUGCAAUCAUCUUGAGCCAUCAGACAACUGCAAAUAUCUAAAAAGUCUGACAUCAGCAUUAUAUUGCUUUGAAAUAAUAGGCUCGCUCUUACUAGUUAUUCAUGGACUAUUACUAAUAGCACUCAUAGAUCAUAUCAAGCAUUUGAAACUGAUCAGACUAAUUUAAAGAUUCACUAAGGUCGUUAUUAUUCUCUACUUAGUAUUGAUCGUUCUUAGAAUUGGAGUAUAUAUAAAAGUUUAGUCUGAAGUGGCAUCCAUUGAUUCUAAUGAGACUGACCAAGGAUUCGGUAAUUUCUUGGCAAGCUUUGUUGAUGAUCCUCAGACAGCCAUAGCUGUAACCUGUAUACUUAUGUCAUGUUUCUUUUUAUGUUUUCUAAUGAAUUGCUUCACAGUAAGAUUGACAAACAAGAUUGAAGCAUUUAUCAUAAAGCCACCUCCUGAAAAUGGUAGUUUAUAAAUAAAUUCAGAGACCAAAAGAAGUUCUAGCGAUGGGAGUGGUGAUGAUAAUAAACGCAAAAGUUCAUAAGAUUCAAAUGGUAGUUCAGAUAAUAAUAGCACAAAAUAAAAAACUAAUAAAUCAAGUAAACUUUUCUUCUGGAAAAGGAAGGAGUCAAAUAAUUCCAAGAUUAGAUCCCAAUCAUCACGAUUGCUAUAAGAUGAAGAGCAAAAAGAGGAAGAUGAUGCUAUGGAUGAUAAUAAUAAAUCUAACAAGUAUAGAAAGCAAACAUGA